UGUAUUAAUGUCCUCUUAUGGGACGGACUGUCCAUCUCUCACUACUUCGCGGAACCUUUGUGCGUGCGAGUGUUUCCUUCGGUUUAAAUUUUGCGUAACACGCGCCUACAUGCAGUGCGAUCAUAUUUGUUAUCAAUUAAAAUGUAUUCUUGCAUUCCCCGUAAUUAAUAUUUUAUUUUUAAAAUCUUUAAUUAAGAUCAUUUUAUUGAUAAAUGUGAUUUAGGCGAACUAUAGCCUUUCAGACUCAGAGACCGCAGAAGACUGUGAAGUCAUCACUUUUAAAGUAAUAUUUACUUAAAAUGUGUCUAAAUAUAUGUCUUUUUGUAAAAGUGUAUAUAAGCUUAUUAUAUAUUUGAAUGACCAGCUCUUUUUAUGCAAAGAGUCAAACUAUUCAAGAUCCCAAAUUCCCAAUGGAUGGAUAUGUAUCAUUAUGUUAGUGGACAGAUUUAAACUUUAGACCCCAACUAACAAGCUAAUGUUAGUGCAUGACACAAAAACUGACUUCAGCUAGCAACAUUUGCCACCCUGAGCGAACAUCUACUACAUAAUGCUGAGGAUAAAGACACUGCCUCCACUCCAGCCAUACAUAUCAUGUUGGCCUUUGGUCCUGCAGAGAGUUCAUCAGCUCGCCUCCAUCAAACAUGCCUGUCUGCUCUCUGAGAGGAGGCGUCAGGGACUUCUGUACCCGUUCAGUGGUCUGGAGGAGCACCUUGCCCCACAGGUCGCUCAGGCACAAUUCAAAAUCUUCCAUCCCAGCUUGGAUGACCUCCGUCGUGCAGAGACACUGUUCACUCCUUCCAUUAAACAUCACAUUGAUUACUCAACUUCUGCGGUCCGGAUGGACCAUGUACCUGUGCUUAAGCAGCCAGAGGUGUGUUUUCUGGGCAGGAGUAAUGUGGGAAAAUCUUCUCUCAUCCGCGCCUUGUUCUCUCUUGCUCCAGAGGUAGACGUGCGGGUCUCUAAAACUCCGGGCCAUACCAAAAAGCUGAAUUUCUACACUGUGGGAAAGGCGUUUACUCUAGUGGACAUGCCGGGGUAUGGACACAUGGCUCCACAGGACUUUGUAGAGAUGGUGGAACCAUACCUUAAAGAGCGUCAAAAUCUGGUGACAACAUUCUUACUGCUGGAUGGUGGAGCAGGCCUCCAGAAGGCAGAUUUAGUUGCCGUUGAGAUGUGUGAGGAGUUCAGUUUGCCUUAUGUGCUGGUGGUGACUAAAAUUGACAGAACCCGACAGGGCGCUUUGUUGGCCUUUAUGCUACAGCUGCGGGACUUCAUCAAAAAUCAGACCAGCAUGUGUUUCCCGCAGCCAUUUCUAGUGAGUUCAGUCCAGUUCUCUGGGAUUUACCUGCUCAGAUGUUUCAUAGCACAUGUAACAGGAAAUCUACAUCUUACUGCUAAACAGAUUUGAGCGUACUGCACUGCCUCUGUCUGGUGACACAAUGUUAUCUGGGAUGGUGUGACAAAAACAGUUUAAAAAAGACUGAUUUAAAAUGAUUGAUUGGCUUACUUGCAUGUUUUUGCACUCACCAGCAUUUAUACUUUCGAGUUACAGCAAUGAAAUGUUCAAGUUGAAGGUAUGUAUAUUACUUUCAAAUGCAGAGACUGGAAUAUCAGCACUAUUUUACUUGUUUCAUGAUCCAUGGAAUAGCCAAUUGUCACUGUAUAAACUCCCUGACUCAACUCAAAUAUCUGAACAAGCUUCAAGGAUGGAACAUACCCAGAUCUUAAGUUCCUGUCCGUUGAUGUAAAGACAAAAAUAAUAUUUGUUCUUCCAAAUAAAAUGGUAGAAAGUCUUGCACUGAAUCGGUUGUGAGUGAUCAAUGUAGAGAGAGACUGUUCAACUUUUGUCUCCCAGUAAAAAGUGUCACUUUUAAGGUGUCUGCUAAAUGACUACUUGCCAAUUAUUAGAUUAGUUAUACCUACACUGAUGAGUGAAAACAUUAUGACCACUCACAGGUGAAGUGAAUAACGACGAUCAUCUCCUAACAAGGCCACAUGUCAAGGUCUGGGUAGAUUAGAUGGUAAGCGAACAGUCAGUUCUUGUAGUCAACGUGUUGAAUUGAGGAGAAAUGGGCAGGGGUAAAGACCUGAGAGACUUUGACAAGGGCCAAAUUGUUAUGGCCAGAAUACUGGAUCAGAGCAUUUCUGAAACGGCAAGGCUUGUGGGGGGCUCCCAGUCAGCAGUGGUGAGAACCAUCCGACAGUGGUCUGAGGAGGGGAAAACAUAAAUGUUUGGCACCCAUCAAUGCAUGAGGGCAACGAAGGCUAUACCAUCUGGUCUGAACCAACAGAAGGUCUACUGAGGCACAAAUCACUGAAAAUUUUAAUGAUGGUUACUGGAGCAAUGUGUCACAACAAACAGUGCAUUUCACCUUGCUGCGUAUGGGGCUGCGUAGCUGCAGACCGGUCAAAGUGCCAAUGAUGACCCCUGCUCACCGUUGAAUGCACCUACAAUGUGCACGUGAGCAUCGGAACUGGACCAUGGAGCAGUGGAAGAAGGUCACCUGGUCCAAUGAGUCCUGUUUUCUUUUAUAUCACGUGGACUGCCAUGUACAUGUGCACCAUUUACCUGGGAAGUGAUGGCACCAGGAUGCACUGUGGAAAGAUGACAAGCCGUUGGAGGGAGUGUGAUGCUCUGGGCAAUGUUCUGCUGGGAAACCUUGGGUUCGGCCAUUCGUGUGGACGUCAGUUUGAUGUGCCACCUACUUAAACAUCGUUGCUGACCAGGUACACUUCAUGGCAAUGAUAUUCCCUGAUGGCAGUGGCCUCUUUCAGCAGGAUGAUACACCCUGCCACACUGCACACAUUGUUCAGGAAUGGUUUGAGGAGCAUGAUGAAGAGUUCAAGGUGUUGCCUUGGCCUCCAAAUUCCCCAGAUCUCAAUCCAAUUGAGCAUCUAUUGGAUGUUCUGGACCAACAAAUCCGAUCCAUGGCAGUUCCACCUCGCAACUUAAAGGACUUGAAGGAUCUGCUGCUAAUGUCUUGGUGCCAAAUACCACCGGACAACUUCAGGGGUCUUGUUGAGUUCAUGCUUAGGCGGGUCGGCGCUGUUUUGGUGGCACACGGAGGACCAACAGCAUAUUAGGUAGGUGGUCAUAAUGUUUUGGCUCAUACCAAAUGUUAGGUGUAUACUUGAUGUUAAAGUCAGUAAGUGGGUAACAGAUGGGCUUUUCUCACUUCAACUUGUUAACAUAUUGUUAUUUUUGACCCUGGUUAAACAUAAUCCUGAUACCUUGUUCAAUGUUCAUACUUCACCUUGAGUUAGUAAUUAAUUCUGGGUAGUCAUGUUUUACACGCAUUUGUACAACACUCUGAGUUAAUGUUCUAAUUUGUAAAUUUUAUUAACAUCAGUUGAAUGAGUACAGUGCACCUGUUUUAGGAAAUGCUUUUUGUCUGAUCUUUAAGGGAAAGUUCACCCAAAUAUUAAGCUUCUGUCAUUAUUUACUCACCCUCAUAUUCUAAAUCUGUAUGACAUUCCUUCUUAGGCUGUUUUAAAAAGUUAAUUAAGUUUUUGAUUUCUUUACCUUCAUUUUUAUGCAUUUAUAUUUUUACAUACCCUGAGGGAACAGUGUGCAGCAAGUUAAAUUCCAUAAAUGAACUUUGUGCAUAGUUACACAAGCUCAAAAAGAGUUUUGUUUUUUAAAGUUUAACUUUGUACCAUGUGUGUGUCCAUGUGUCCAUGCCUUUUAAUUGGUACUUUAAAAAUAACAUUCAUACAAUUUAUGGCUUUCUUGUAACCAUCUGUAUUCUUCUCUGACACUCAAAGCAUGGAGUCAGGUAGGCAUCCUUUCUUCCUCCCGUAAUGACAGCAGGGGUGGUGAUGGUACAGGGCUGUACCUGGAGAUAAACUAUAAAAUUUAAGUGCCACAAUAUUAUAGAAAUGCAAGAUGGUGCAAUCGCAUUUACUGUGCCCAAAGUUAACUUUGACAUUUUUUUUUUU